CUACUGGGGUUUCUGUUUCAGGUUCCAUCAGUCCCUGAAGAGUUGUUUUUUACCACUGAUGUCAGGCAGGAGGGAUUGAUGAUGGAUCCUGUGACAUCUGCUCAGGCUUUGGACUGUGUACCCUUGGUGGAUCAGCAGUUACUUUAUACCUGCUGUCCCUAUCUUGGUGAGCUGCGGAAACUACUUGCCUCUUUUGUGGCUGGUAGUGGAGCAAAAAAUGGUGGCUUUAUAAGGAAAAUCACUCCCACCGCUGCAGAGUCCUUGGCACCCAAGGCUUCUGUCACACAGCGGAAACUGCAGGCAGAGUUGGAACAGGCCUUCUUCCACAACCAGCCUCCGUCCCUACGGAGAACAGUUGAAUUUGUGGCAGAGAGGGUGGGAUCCAACUGUGUUAAGCACAUCAAGGCAACACUGGUAGCAGAGUUGGUUCAAAGGGCUGAAGUCAUGUUACAGGAGAAGGUGACGGAGGAGGACGCUAAUCAUGACAAGCUGCUUGAAGAGGUGUGCGCGCAUCUGUAUGAGGAAGGGGCCCAGGCACUCAUCAGAGGCAGAGAAUUUUGCAGAAAGAAAGGUCCUGAGGCAGUAAGGGUGUUGUUGCCAGAAGAGACAUCUGCAGCAGUUUUAAGUAGUGCAGAAGACAUUGCAGUGGAACUGGCUACUGAGAAAGCCUGUGGCUGGCUUUCUGCCAACAUUGCAGCACUCAUCAAAAGAGAAGUGAAGGCAACCUUCAACAGAAUGCUGAAAGUCCCAGGACUUCCCUUGCCUGGCGAGGAUGCUCUGGAGUUGAGAAGGGACUGCCCGCCAGGCUGUCAGCACUCUGCUCCGUUUCCCUCCCAAAUCAUCAAUGAGAUGAAGGAUGUGCUGUGUGUCGCUGUGGGCCCACGGGAUGAGGGUGAAGUGAUUGACUAUGCCUGGCUGGAGUGCUUGCUAGGAAGACUGCAUCAGACGCUUCGCUGCAGAAAGUUCAUGUGUCCCACAUCAGAACAGCAGCUGGCAAAGUGCACGGUUGAGUUGGCUUCUUUGCUGGUUUCAGAUCGUGUUCCUCUGAGCCUUGGGAUCAAGUCCCCAGAGAAGAGCUCCGGGAGGCUGCGUGUAAAGAAUAAUCCCACCUGUGGCCUUCUGAAACUGCUGCUUUCUGUCUGGAAGGAGGACUUUGGGACACCUGUUCCCGUGCAGCUGCUGUUCAGCAAGAAGAACAUAGGUUAUCUCGCCGAUGUUAAACAGCGAGAGUGGGAUUUGUUCCUUUUCAUGCUUCAUGGUCUUGUAGAACAUGAACUAAUGAGAACCAGUGAAAUAGAGAGUUGCUUGCGUAGCCAGAAAGAGCUCCCUUGGCCCUCAGAUUUCUUAAAAGAACUGGAAGCGCUGUCCAGAGUAUUUCUAUCAGAACAUCGUACAGAAGAGCACAGGGCUAACCCUUGUGAGGUGACCAGACAAUCUCUAGGUACCGUGACAGCACAAAGUUAG